GGGAAGGUUGCCUGCUAUAGGCAUCCUUACCAAUGAAAACAGGCCGGGAUCAUGAUGUACCCCUAACCGAGACUGCUUUACUAUGCUUGCAAGUGGAACAAAUAUGGUUGCUGGAAAUGGAAAGGUAUUGAAAGCCACCAUGACAACCAGAGAACAGGCUGCUUAUUUUUGUCAGGAAGGGGACAAACAACUAGCCAUGGGAGAACUUUCACUAGCCACCGCUCUCUAUAUGGCUGCGUUCAGCUACAGUGCCCCAAUUGUGGUAGACAGGGUGGCAUCCUUGGGAAAGGAGUUGCAGGACAAAGUAAUUGACAUCUUGGAGAAGUGGUGUCAAAAUGAGAGUCCUAUUCCCAGGGUUCAGUGCGGCAACCUAAGCACCCCGUCGCUCAACGUGGGGAUUGCGGCUGUUUUCCUCUCGACCCUAAGCCCCAACAACCUGGCUGCCUCCCUUUGCAAGAUGGACGCUUUGCUCAAGGUGGGCCGCUAUGAGGAAGUGGUGAGCCGUUGUGGUUCUUUGCUCAACAGCCACAACUGCGUCAAGCUGGUUCUUACCAGGGCUUUGGCCCUGGUGCUGUCAAAGACAUACUUCCAAAAUGGUGCCAUGGAUUACCUCCACGCUUUCGAGAAACAUCGGGAUGAGACAGUGACCUUUGUUACCUCCAGGCAAGAGGGCCAUUUGCAGCAGAUAAUCCGGGCGGUCUUGGAUUUCAUCUCAUAUCAGGAAAGCAAGCAUCAAACCCGGUGUCCAGAAAGCAGGCUGAGCAGCUGCUAUGACUUCCUUGUGGCCAUAGCACCAGAGGACAUCUACGUAUGUCAAGCCCAGGCAGCCUAUUUCUUUGAGAAACACAAAUACCAGGAGUGUGUGUCUGUCUACAGCAAGGCUUUGGAGGCCUUGUCCACCAGUGGUCCAUUAUGGGACAAGAGAGCUGCCGGCCUUCUCAUGGACAGGGCCGCUGCUUACUUCUCUUUGGGCGGGCACGAACAGGACAUGAUGCGGGACUUGGCAGAGGCCUUCCGGUUGAAUGCCAACCUAUCGAAGAGGCGCUUUGAUGAGCUUUUUUCUGAUUGUGACACGGAGAGGAUUGAAAAACACGCCAGGGCAGCCCUGGAUGUGGAGUUUGCGGCGUACAGGGAAGCCGUGCGGACGCGGCCUGAAGUUCGGAGUGAUGGCGGCAAGGAGCUGCUCUCCCCCGUCAUAUGCACCCUUCAGUUCCUCACUGAGAUCUCUCCUGGGGCCAGGCGGGAACUCAGCGUACGGCUAGCAGACUGCUACGUCUUGGAGGGCAGCAUCACCAAAGCCUUGGAACUGUGCAACCGCCUUCUGGAAUCCGAUCAGGGGACGUAUCACAACACCCUCCUCGCCCUGCGUGGAUUUUGCUUCUUCCACAGCCAGAGCCUCAAUGAGUCCCUCCAGGAUUUCCAGAAGAUCAUCGAACACAGUUCCCCACAUCCCAGUAGCUGUGUGAAAGCUUUAUGUGGCCGUGGCUUGAUUCGGAUUUUGAGCGGAAGUCCUUAUCUUGCAGUGCUAGACUAUAUCACUGCCUGCCAGGUUCGGUUUGAGGAGACCGGCUUUGUGGUCAAGUCCUAUGUUCCGUGGAAUCAAAGAGGCUACCUGGUGAAGGUGCUCCAAGAAGAAGGGCAGAAGAUUCUGCAGAAGAAUCAGGACCUGGGAGGCAACUCAGCUUCCCAACAGAACAAAUCAGGAGUGUUGAAUGGAUUCCUAAUGAAAGAAGGGGAUGCGUGUGGGGUCCACCAGCUGGCGACUCUCCUUUUAGAGCUGGAUGAUUCCGACGAGGCAUCGCAGAUCCUGUGCGCUGAUGCCCUGUACCAGAUGGAUCGAGCGGAUGAAGCCCACAAGAUCCUCCUGGUGGCUCUGUCCAAAACCACCCAGAGAUCUGCCAUCUUGGCAAGGUUGGCUGUCCUUCAGUUGAAGAGAAGCUUCCUAUAUGACUGCAACCAACUCCUAAAGAAGAUGGUCCAGUCUGGAGACACCAGCUGUCUCCUAGCCAUUGUGAAGAUUUUGAAAGACGAAGACCGGGCGUUGCUUCAGAGCCACUGCCACACCCGGGCCAUAACAAUCCUGAAGAACAAGCAAAGUAGCGGGUACAUAAAAGAGGCCGUCACAUACCUCUCCUUUGCCAUCACUGCAGCCGGGGGAUUUGCGGCAGAUUCCCUUUUGACUCGAGCGCGAUGCUACGGGCACCUUGGACAGAAGAAAACAGCCAUAUUUGAUUUUAAUGCUAUUCUGAAAGAAGACUCUCAGAAUGUGCAGGCUCUGACUGGAAGGGGGUUCAUUUAUUUGGCUCUGAAUCAGAAGAAGGAGGCUGUGUCGGAUCUGAUGUCUGCCAUCAAAGUUGAUCCAGCCGUGGCUAUCUCAGAAAUCCUCUCAUUAAAGCAGGAAGCCCGGAUGCUCAUCCAUCAGUGGCUGUUUGAUCACUGCCGGGCUGUGUUAUUUGAAUUCAGUGCUGCCAAAGACCCGCCAUCCAGAGAGAUCCUACAGGACCUCAUUGUAGUGGGAGAACUGCUCAUGAAAAUCAACAGCAGGGAGACAAAGAGUCACAUCCUUUAUGUGGAUGCACUGGCAGCAGAUGGGAGAUACAAAGAGGCCCUGGCUCACCUCCAGGGGUCAUUUGGCCAGACCCCACCUGAUGAUUUGGUCAACUCUCGGUUCGGCAUUCUUCAGGUCAAGAAGAGAAACAUCUACACAGCAGCUCAUAUUUUGGCUGGAUUAGCUGCAAAGGACUAUGAUGAGCUACAGUUCCUCAUGAAUUUCUUAGACACCAAGCAGCGGCAAAGCCUGGCCAAGGUUUCUGCCAAAGAGGGGAAUGUUUUGGUGAAAGAGGACUGUUAUGGGAAGGCUGUUGGCUAUUACUCUCUGGCAAUCUUGGCAAGCAACAGCAACCCCGUGUAUCUUCGCCAGCGUGCUUCGUGCCUAGCUCAUUUGAAGGACUACCAAAAGGCUUUGAAGGAUAUGGACAAGGUGGUCGACAACCACAGGACCGAAGGCUUGGGGACAAAAGUUGAGGAUUUCUGCUCCCAGGGGCACAUGCUCUUGGCUGUUUCCAAGGAGAAAGAGGCCGUGAAGCAGUACAUCAAAGCCCUCCAGCUGGAAAAGACGUUGGCUCUGACCAGUAUUGCGGCUUGUCCCAACAGGGAUGCGCUGUCCAAAGCGUUCCUACAAACUGCACAGUCCUGCUUUGAAACGUCCCAGUUUGAAGACGCCUGGGCUGCCACAGAAUACGGCCUGGUCAUUGACCCGAACAGUAAUGACCUCAAAAAACUGAGGACGAGACUCAAAUGGGAGGCCUCUGGAUGCAGAGUUCACUAAUUCUGUGUUUUUGCCCUGCAAAAAAAAAUUUCUCCUUUUUUGUUUCAAAGCUAAGAGUGCAUGUUUUGAUGCUUCCAUCCCAUACAGUCCAGCGAAUGUUCCUCUGGUCAUUCUCAGAUAUGAACUGUAAUUUGGUGGCCCACAUGUAAAUUCAGUUUAUAGUCCUAAAAGUGAGGUUAUUCUCUCCAAAGCUAAUUAUAUAGUUUAAAAGUAAAUAAAGAGCCGCAAGAAGUGAGCAAGGAAUUUGUUGAAGGUACUGAUGAAUACAUUAUUUCUUCCAUUUUCCCUCAAAGGUAAAAGUGUAAAAAAAAAUUUCUUUCAUU